AAAACGCGAAAAACAUUCAAAUUUGUUGUUAAUACAAAAUAAAUAUUAUCCAAAAGUUAAUGAUUUUGAUCCUGAUCCGCAAGAUAAUGAUUAUGAAGAAAUAAAAUAUCACUAUUGUUACAUUAAAAAUUUGUCUCGAUUAGUUUCCUCACAGCUCAGUAAAUAUAAUCACAAGAAAUACAUUUGCGAUAGGUGUUUGAAUUAUUUCAAUAACGAAACUCGUCUACAUGACCACGAAACAAUAUGUUCCAGUUUCAAUGAGUAUAAAGUGUCUUUUCCCAAAUAUGAUUACGUUGAAUUUCGAAACCAUAUAUAUAAACAAAGGACUCCGUUUGUAAUUUACGCCGAUUUUGAGAGUCAAUUGAGAAAAGUAAAUUUGAAAAUUUCAGAUAAAACCUCGAAAUACCAAAAGCACGAAGCUUACAGUGCUGCAUAUUACUUUAAAUGUUCUUAUGAUGAUUCAAUAUCAUUUUUCAAAAGUUAUCGUGGUCUAGAUUGUAUUGAUUGGUUCGUGGAGGAAAUAUCUAAUUUAUCAAAAUUUGUUCGUUCAAAAUUACGAUUCAUCCAGGGAUGAUUCCUAUAUCAUGUACUUUGACGUCAAUAACCUCUAUGGCAAGGCCAUGUGCGAGCCUCUUCCUUACGGAGGAUUCGACUGGAUGUCUCAUCAAGAGAUUGAUUCAUUUAAUGUCAUGAACAUUCCAGAUGAAUCUUCCCUAGGAUAUAUCCUAGAGGUAGACCUGGAAUACCCGCAGAAAUUACAUGACACACAUAGAGAUUUUCCAUUUUGUGCCGAACAUCGAGUGCCCCCCAAUUCAAAGUUACCAAAACUAAUGACUACUUUGUAUAAUAAAGAAAAAUACGUCAUACACUAUCGCAAUUUAAAACAGGCUCUCAAAAACGGUCUCGUACUAAAGAAAAUUCACAAAAUAUUAAAAUUUAACCAAUCUCGUUGGUUGAAAUGUUAUAUCGAUCAUAAUAAUAAAUUAAGAACCCAAGCAAAAACAAAAUUUGGUAUAAAUUUAUACAAAUUGUUUAAUAAUGCCGCUUACGGUAAAACAAUGGAAAACAUUCGCAAGCAUCGUAUUGUUAAAUUUGUUAAAGCGUGGGAUGGUCGCUACGGUGCGAAAAAUUUAAUUUCUAGUCCUAGAUUUCACAGUAGAACCAUACUUGAUAACAAUUUGUUGCUUAUAGAAUUAAAAAAAACGGAACUUUGCUUUAAUAAGCCACUUUAUAUUGGAAUGUCCAUAUUGGAUUUGUCGAAAACGACCAUGUACGAGUUUCAUUAUAAUUACAUGCUUCCAAAUUUGGGUCCCGAAAAAUGUAAAAUUCAAUACAUGGAUACGGACAGUUUCAUUUAUAAUAUCAAAUGUUAUGACGCAUAUGAAAGCGUUAUUAAGGCCGAUUUAACAAAAUUUGACACGUCUGAUUAUCCUAAUGACAAUCCCUAUAAUAUACCGCAAAUCAACAAAAAGGUUUUGGGGUUGAUGAAGGAUGAGACUAAUGGCACCAUCAUUAGUCAUUAUGCUGGGUUAAGGUCGAAAAUGUAUACUUUCAAAAUUUUAACGGGUUCGGUAGUUAAAAAGUCAAAGGGUAUUCAGUACAAUAUUGUAAAAAAUAAAAUUUCAUUUGAUGACUACGUAGAAUGCUUAACAAAUUUUAGGGAAAAGUACGCCACUCAACGAACCAUUCGUUCAUACACUCACAAUGUAUUUAGCAUCGAACAAACAAAAGUUGCCUUGAGUCCUUUAGACGAUAAACGUUAUCUUUUGCCGAAUUCAUAUGAAACGCUUCCGUGGGGACAUUAUAAAGUGCCCUAAUUAUUUUUUAAUAUAUUUUUGUUACAGAUUAUGGUCAAACAACUUACAUUAGAAAGCCUUUGUAUUAUAACAAUUUGCGAAAAUAUUAGGUGUAGUGCUGAUUUUUUGCUUGAGUCACCUUUGCCUUGGAAACUAACGAUACUAAUAUUUAAAUAUUAUUCGAAAUAUAGAUGGAGGUACCUUAAACAAUUAGCGCUCCAGUCUGAUGGCAAUUCUUUAUUAAAUUUAGAAUUCAUUCUGUUGAAUAAGAGAUUUGGAUCGUCUUACAGAAAUAGCAUUUUGGCAACUCCAACCAUUGAUUUUGACGGAGAAUCCGCUUACUGUUUAUGGGUCAGUUAUUACAGGAUAAAAUAUUCGGAAAUUUUAGUUUACUUUUAUUGGAUCACUAUCAUUUACAGCUGGAUAUAAAUAAUUUGAAUGAUGUAUAUCACGAUAAACAAUUUUGGUGUCAAAGCUGCUUUGAAGAAGUUUUGUUCACUGUAGAAACUGAAGAUGAAUGUAAUCUAAUGCUUCACAAUGAGAGGAAAUAUGGAAAAAAGUUACGCUUUUCUGAUAGUCCAUUGAACUAUUAAUACUGUGGUUUUAUUAUAAAAUAUGUAACUGUAGAUAAGGCUUUUAUGUAUUGAUUGUAUUCCAUUGUAUUGCAACAAGAAUAAACAUGUAUAUAUUUAGACGCUAUUUUCUUUUUUACCAC